UUUCCGCAAGCUCGGGUUCUCAACGAGCAAAUACGUUGAGGUGUUCGACGAAGUGGAGAUGAGAUUUGCCUGGGAUCCAGACACAUCGCAACCCAAGGAUGUGGAUAAGUGGAUGUCCUCCUGGGCUGAAGAAGGAAAUGAAGACGCAAGAGAGCUGCGUAAAUUGUUGAUUUGAUAUGAAUCUGAAGAAUCGGCGCACGUGACAAGUCCGACGCCCACGCAUCACAGCCUGUCCGCUGCGGAAGGAAUGGAAUCCUCCUGGCUCCGGCCUCACUGGGCGACGUUUAAGAGAGGUCUCCCCCUUCUGUAUCCUCCAGGAGAGGCGCUAUCUGCGGUGAUGCAAAGCUCUUCCGUUCUGGCGCCACAUGACCCAAUGCCCGCGUCCACAGCACCAGCAACGUCAAAUCGGCCUCCGUUGCUGAGGCUCCCUGUUGAGCUUAUGCAGAAAAUCUCGUUUCAGUUACUUGUGGAGGUUCAUGGGCAUGUUGUAGAGGCUUUCGACUUGGCAAGCUUCUCUUCAACAUGCAAGGACAUCAGGCUCCUGACGGAGCCUGUGUUGUUCAGAGAAAUCUCCGUGUUUGAGGAAAGAGAUCUGCUUAGUGUUUCUAGAAUCCCACGUAGAUUACUCUCCCAACUAAGAGCUCUCGUAAUAUUCUUGGAUCCCCCAUUCGUUGCGGCAUGGAAAGACACUAGGAAUUUCAUCUCAGAAGCAUCAUUUCCUCCUCCGGGCCCCCCAAUAUAUCCACUUAUCUAUAUCCCUCUUGCUCGCAUCAUUGCCAAUGCACCGCUUAUCCAAAGCCUCUCAUUUAAAAUGGCGGAAAGCACCGGUCCAGGAUCAGCCUGGCGGAAAUUUUCGCUCACGAGUCAUCUUUUACCCAAUACGGGACUAACCCCCAUUACUCCCUCACCACUGACAUUAGAUCCUCACCUACACGCGGCUCUGUCCAUGCCGCUCCUGGGUCUUCCAAACACGCUCCUCCUCCCGAAUGUCACUAGGCUCCAUCUUGACAGUUUCGAAGGCGUUGACGCUUUGUUGAAGCUCACUCCGAAUUUGAAGGAGCUUCGUGUCCGCAACUCUGGUGGAUUUGACAUACAUUGCACGCGACGCUUCGUGAAAGGUUUGGAGUAUGUGAGAAGUGUCGAGGUUCUGGAGUUCAUGCCGGAGGGCUUGACUCUUCGUGCAGAAGAGACCACCGGUGGUGAGGAGUUUCCCGCUGGCCCUCUUGGCCUUUUGACGGCGAUUGGGAACACGCUGCCUAAUUUAAAAAGCUUGUCGCUGCGUACGUGUUGGUUCGGUUAUGGGAUAUCAUUCGUUUCAUUUUCAAUCGAAGAAAAGGUAAGGCUAUCCAAUCUCUGCCCCACCAACCUUCGUAAAUCUCCACCUGCAGGACCUAUUCGAGGGCCUUUGCACACUCACAAACCUGACGCAUCUGCACCUUCCCGUCAACCUCAUCACGCCGAAGGAAUUUGAUGCGAUUGAUGUCCGCCGACUCCCCAUAACCGUCACACACAGAGAAAGCUUCCGGCAGGGACGGGACUGGGCAUACAGCGCCAUUCAAGAACGUGAACUGGCCGUCCUUCACAGGUUACGUAACUCCCAGGCGGGGAAGUCCGGAAUGCACAAUUUAGAGAGUCUGGGUUGGGUGAGGUUCACACCUGAUUCGGGUAGGGUGGAAUGCGCGGUCGAUUAUCGCGUAUUGGAUGAAGGUCUUUCCAGUAAGCUUGCAGAUGCAACAAACGAUUAU